UAAGUAUAAUAAAAAGGUAAGAAUUAAGUGAAAAUAGUCAUUUCCUGAUUUUCGACAAGACAAAGCCUAACACAUUUGCUAUAGAACGAUGAAUAGGCUUACUAACCUUCUUCCAAAGCUUAGACCUACCAAAAAGCUCAAUAUCAUGUCAAACUACGACCCUCAUGACAUUAACGCUGAGUACGAGGCAGUGGGUGCUGACUUACGCCAAAUGGCAACUCAGGCGUUCACCUCUUUGAAAACCUACAUCGAGCCAGAAUAUGAUUCGGAUCUAGACGAAAUAGAUGCUCAGGUGAUGCAUCUGUUAACUUUCCAGCUCUAAACCCACCAAUUUCUACCCUCCCAAUCCAUAAACCCAAAUAAACCCACCCUUUAUAAUAUUUUCAACUUC